CUCCGGCGGCCUUCGGGGCGGGUUUCUCGCGCGACCGUCAAGAUGGCGGCGUUCUGCGAGGAGUUCACGUUGUGUAACUUGCCCGGGGUUGGGGGCUCUGGUCUCCCCCCGGGACCGCUGGGGUUGGAGCCGGACGGCGACCGCGUGCUGCUCACUGACCGAGGCAGGACGGUUACGCUGUAUAAGGUUUCUGAUCAAAAACCAUUGGGUUGCUGGUCAGUCAAACAAGGCCAAGCCAUUACUUGUCCAGCUGUGAGCAAUUUUGAAACAGGAGAAUUUGUUCUUGUCCAUGAUGAUAAGGUUUUGCAGAUAUGGAAGGAAGACGACCCUACCUUGGAUAAAGCAUUUAAAGCAACAUUGUCGGCAGAUGUUUAUCGGAUACACUCAGUGCCUCAUGCUGAACCCCUGGUCCUGUUCAAGAACGGAGCUGUGAAGAGUUUGGAUGUUCUGCUGGCUGCACCUCAACAAGGAAUUGAAAACGUUGUUUCAAAUGAAAUGAUUAGAUGGAGUGACGCUUUUGUGGGAAUAGAAAAGCCUGUUGUUCUAUUUGUUACUGAGCAGGAUGCGAAUUGCUUCGUAUAUGUCCAACACUGUAACCCGUAUAGCCUUUACAAGUUUAAACUUGAUCACGGAGGCGAGUCGUCCACUCCACUGAGUUUUGCAGUAUAUGUGGAAAACAGAAUUGUCACACUCCUGUGUUUGUAUUCCAGUGGAUGUGUUUAUAAGGUUCUGGUCCCACUACAACAGAAUGACGCUGAGGAAGAGCGUAUUUUACCAAAGUCACUUCUGACCAGACUUCAAGAAUCUGGCACUAUUUUUAAACAUGCUUCGAUUGCUGUUCUUGAUAACAAUCAUAUCGCUGUAACGGGAUGUCUGGAUUCCCCAGACAAAAACAUUAAAGAAUGUGUUUCCAUAUGGAAUAUAAAGUUUCAAACAUUACAGGAUUCAAAAGAAUUGCCACUGGGAUCUACUGGGCAGUGUUGGUGUUAUGGAGACAGACUCUUUGUAACACAUGGGAAGGAAUUAAAAGUAAUCUUGUAUAAGUGUGAAACAUCAUCCUUAGCAGCUGCUCUUGGGAAAGUCAAGGGUACAUCAACACCCGAAUCGAAGUCUCUGAACUGGAAUUUGCUUCAGGAAGAUGGCUUGUUAUGUGUACAGCUGGAUCAGCCUGUCCCUGCGAAGGGUGAAUCUAAGAGGCUUUUGAGGUCAAGAAGGACCACAGGAGCAAAAACCCAACUGGAAACCCUAACAGAGGAACAGCUGCUGUUAAUUAUAAAGGAUUCUUCUCCGAAUAUAAUUGAAGAAAAGCUGCUGAAGUUUUUGUCCAGUGCUCAGAUUCCAGACUUCCAAGCUUCUGUUGGCAACAUCAUAGCAGCACUCAUGAGCAGAUGUGAAGCGGAGCCAGCAUUUUAUCCUUCCAGUUGCCUGGUGCAGCUGGUGCAGACAAAAGGCCUCUCUUACAGUAUAUGCCCAGGCUUAAUGACCGUUGCCUUGGAGAAAACAGAUGUACACUUGCUUCAACUAUGCCUCCAGCAGUUUCCAGACAUUCCUGAAGCAGUUAUCUGUGCUUGUCUGAGGACUUUCCUGAGCAUUGGUGAUGACAGUCUUGGAGAAACGAAUAUAAAUUUAGAUUCUGUGGCAGGUUAUAUUGAUAUCGCACACAACAGAAAAAUGGAAAAGCAAUCUAAAGUGAUACAGAAUGGCUUCAAUUCUGAACCCCCAGAGGAAAACCGCUGUGAUGCACGGUUAACCCAGAAAUCUCAUGCAGUGGAUACAAGUAAAUUAUGCCCUGUUGGACCGCAGAAAGCAACAUUACUUAAUGCCAUUCUGCGUUCAGCAUACAGUGAGUCCUUUCUUUUGCCUCAUUUGAAAGAUCUGUCAGCUGAGCAAGUAAUUUUAUUUCUCCAGUAUUUGCAGUACUUAUAUAUGAAAUGCAGUGAAGAAGCUACUACAAACCUUCCUGGAAUGCUUUGCCCAACUAUAAACCAGAUCAUGGACUGGAUGGGCCUGCUCCUAGAUGCUCAUUUUACAGUGGUUGUAAUGCUGCCGGAAGCAAGAGGGUUGCUUUCUAGUCUGCACAAGUUUGUAAGGGCCCAGGUUCAUUUUUACUCAGAACUAAACAAGAUUGAAGGAAGUCUGAAGGAAUUACAGAGAAUAAACCACCCAAAAGAUGUGGGCUUAUAUUCCAUUGAAGUUCUAAAACUAGUUUGAACUUGUCACAUAUGCUUCAUAAAGCUAUUUUUAUGAACCUUUU